GAGGCAGGGGCUAUGCUUCAAGAUCGGGAAGAUGCUUUCUGCAGCAAGAAGAGCUAACUGAACUAGCAAAAUCUUCGGACAGGGUUCCUCAAAUUUGAAACUAUAAUGAUUAACAACUGAGCAAACAAGCUUUUUCUAGAGAUAGAUACCAAAUCAUCCACUUGGGUUUGAAAGCAUAAUUCCACUUGUCCAGAAGAAAAGAGAUUUAAGUUUAAAAACAGGUUUACGAAAAGAGAAUUUUCAGCUUUACGUGAUGGCAAGCUGGACAUGAGCCUAUGUAGGAUCCAGGGCAGUGCCGAGGGACUCACACCGCUCUGCAGGUCGCAUACACCUGGAGCCACCUGGCUCAGGACACUACCGUGAAGGAAGAGGACAGUGAGGCUGGGGAGGGGCAGGUGAAGGACUGGAACUUUUCCACCAGAAAAGAGAAGGCUUCAUGGGUCCAGGGUGGCCACGAUGGGAUGCUGGAAGGGCCACGUGGGGAGAGGAUUACAUGCUCCAAGGCGCAAUCAUAGUCCUGCAGGUUCGUUUGUGAGAACUAAAAGAGAUACUACCGAGAACUUGCUCAACACAGAGGUACACAGCGCGCCGGCGCAGCGCUGGUCCAUGCAGGUGCCGGCCGAGGUGAGCGCGACGGCGGGCGACGCGGCUGUGCUGCCGUGCACCUUCACGCACCCGCACCGCCACUACGACGGGCCGCUGACGGCCAUCUGGCGCGCGGGCGAGCCGUACUCGGGCCCGCAGGUGUUCCGGUGCGCGGCGGCGCGGGGCAGCGAGCUCUGCCAGACCGCGCUGAGCCUGCACGGCCGCUUCCGGCUGCUGGGCAACCCGCGCCGCAAUGACCUGUCGCUGCGCGUCGAGCGCGUCGCCCUGGCCGACGACGGCCGCUACUUCUGCCGCGUCGAGUUCGCCGGCGACGUCCACGACCGCUACGAGAGCCGCCAUGGCCUCCGGCUGCACGUGAUGGCCGCGCCACGGAUCGUCAAUAUCUCGGUGCUGCCCGGCCCGGCGCACGCCUUCCGCGCGCUCUGCACCGCCGAAGGGGAGCCGCCGCCCGCCCUCGCCUGGUCCGGCCCGGCCCUGGGCAACGACUCGGCCGCCGUGCCGGGCCCGGCUCAGGGUCUCGGCCACCAGGUGACCGCCGAGCUGCCCGCGCUGACCCACGACGGCCGCUACACGUGUACGGCCGCCAACAGCCUGGGCCGCGCCGAGGCCAGCGUCUACUUGUUCCGCUUCCGCGGCGCGGCCAGGGCCUCGGUCGUCCUUGUCCUGCUCGGCGCGCUCGGCCUCAAGGCGCUGCUGCUGGUCGGCGUCCUGGUCGCCCGCGCCGCCCGCAGCAGCGCAGAGCACCUGGCCACCCAGGACACCCCACCAAGGCCCCAGGCUCAGGAGUCCAAUUAUGAAAAUUUGAGCCGGAUGAACUCCCGGGACCCAGCAGCAGCCAUGUGCUCACCGUGACAAGCCCUGCAGCCACCAACACCCAUUUGUGCACCGUGAGAAAUAAAGGCCGAUUCCAGGCCUGGCUGGUCCAGCCCUUCCUGGUUGCCAGGCACUUGGGCAGCCCUCAUCAGGGUGACUCCUCGAGGGGGUCUGGACCCUGAACACAGAGGCUCUUCUAGUCUCCUACAUGGACAUCUGUCUCGGAGCCCCCUGGUCUGACGUCCGUGGGGCCAGCAUUUUGAAAGAGUUUGCGUGUCUGUGUGUGUGCAUGCAUGAACUUCAUGUUAAACUUCCAGAAACUUCCCUCACCCUUUCUUACCUAGAACACCAUAGUAAAGCAGACAGGAAGCUGGUCA